AUGGGUGAGGUUCUCGCUGCCAGCGCUACCAUUGCUGGACUUCUGAACUUGACGAUCACGACGCUUCAAUUGAGCCAUGGGUAUUUCCCAGGUGUGAAGAACUUCACGAAGACGAUAGAGCAGUAUUUCAGUGAGCUUGAGCGGCUAAAAGACGUUCUGGAGGAUUACAAGGCGCUCGCAGAAAGCGGUGAUACGGCAGACUUCGUCUCAUUUUUUAUUCCAUCACAAUCUGAAGCAUGCUGGAAAGAACUAGAACAUGUCCGCACCAAAUUAGAAAAGCAGUGCCAUGGCAGCCUCUUUUCAAAAGCAUUGAGCCGAUUAAGGUGGCCCUUCUCCGAAGAAGAGGUGUCGCGUACCGUAGAAGCGCUACAUCGCCACCAAAGCUCUCUUCACAGGAGGUUGUCUGCAAGAAAUCUCAAGGUCUCCAGUCGCAUCCUCUCAGAGGUCAGGCAUCUUCGGGAAAAGCAACAGAAAUCAUCAACCAAGGUCUCUUACGAUUGGCUCUCAGACGCCAACCCCGAAACGAAUCACCUAUCCGCCAGGAGUAAGCAUUCACAGGGAACGAGCCAAUGGUUCUUAGACUCCUCGGCGUUCAAGUCCUGGUGGAACUGCUCGUGUAGGUCACUGUGGGUGAAUGCAAUACCAGGGGCUGGAAAAACUGUACUGUGUUCGACCAUCGUUGAUUAUAUCCUUCAUCAACGGCUACCAGAUGAAGCUGUUGCCUAUUUCUAUUUCGAUUUCAGCGACUCAUCCCAACAGAAGCUCAAUGCCUGUCUGCGAUCUCUAUUGGCCCAGAUUUGUUCCGUCCGCUCCUCCAUGCCACCGGUUGUAGCUGAGCUGAAGACGCUGUGCAAAGGUCCAGGAAGGAAUGGCAUUCUGACAGAACAUGAGCUUUUGUCCGCCCUUGUGUCAGUCUGUUCCGGGCUUGGUUGGGUUUGGAUCGUAAUCGACGCUUUGGAUGAGAGCACGGAUUGGCUAGCAUCCAUGGAGGCCAUCAAGGUUAUGAUUGCCUCCACCAACUUCUCCUUGCUCACGACGAGCCGUAGGGAAAAGGAAAUUGAAGAGGUGCUUUCCGAAGCGAUGGAUGUUUCGUUCACCUUGAACUCCAUUAAUGUUGAUAAAGAUAUUAGAACAUAUGUGGUGAAAUGUCUGCAAACGGACUCUGAACUGGGAAAAAGACCACCAAAUGUGAAAAAACGCAUUGAGGAUGUUUUGACAACCAAAUCUAAGGGAAUGUUUCGAUGGGUUGUGUGCCAGAUUGACGUUCUGCGCUCAUGCCUAACAUCAAAAGCAGUUGAUGAAGCUUUGGACUCACUCCCACAGACUCUAGAUGCAUCAUACGAGAGGAUUCUCUUACGUAUUCAUCCGGCGAAAAUAUCUCUAGCUCGGGCAGCUCUUGAGUUUUUGGUCUUUUCCACGCGUCCCCCAACAUUAGCUGAGCUUGCCGAAGCGGUUGCUGUUGGCACAUUUGAUGGACCAUUCGACAUGGAAAACCGACUCUUCGAGCCGGAAGAGAUCCUCAAAAUGUGCUCUUCUCUCCUUGUACUGGAACGCUCCAUCGUAGACAAAAUGGGUCAAGACGACUCCUCAGAUGCAGAAGUCCAGCAAAAGAAAGACACAAACGAAAGGCCGACAGUAGUGAGACCGGCGCAUUACACAGUUAGUGAAUAUCUGAUGUCACCCCGAAUACAUACCGGCCCAGUGAAAGUAUUCGCACUUGCUCAAGAAAGUGGAGACACUUCACUGACCAAGAUAUGCCUCAGAUACCUCUUACUCUUCAACAAUCCAGAGCCGUUGAGUGCAGCUAUCGACAGCGAGUUUCCGCUUGUGCGUUACGCUGCAUCAAAUUGGUAUCACCACAUGGCUUCUGUUUUCAUGCAAAUGGACCCCGUUGCGAUAGAGCUACUGAGGAAGUUCUACGACACCGAAGACUAUUAUUUCUUCAAUUCCAUCAGAUUCUCGGAUCCGGAUAUAUUCUGGUGGGGCAAACCACACCCUGGCUUACGGCCCGCAGACUUGCCUUCCCCUUUAUACUAUUCGUGUAUGAGAGGCGCGUGCAGUGAGCAUGUCAGGUUGGUGGUUGAUAUGGAUUUCGACGUGAACCGGUAUGGUGGGAAUUGGGGCUUUCCACUGCAAGCAGCCUGUCAGUCGAAAUGUGACAUAACCACCUUAAACAUUCUCCUCGAAUCAGGCGCCAACGUGAAUGCAUUGGGUGGUUACUAUCAUACAGCAUUGAACGCAGCUGCAGGAGCCGGAUCUGAGGACAAAGUUGAACGACUCCUCAACGCCGGUGCGGAUCCAAAUUUAGGCGCAAGUGAAGGUCACUUCAACGCCUUGCACAGAGCAAUUUGGCUCCUACAAUAUAAGCGCAAUGAAGAACCCUAUACUAACAUUGUGCGCAAACUCCUUCGUGCUGGAGUCAAGGUAAAUGCAACGGACAGUUUGGGCAGAACGCCUCUCGAAGUCGCAGCGAGGGCCGGAAAAGCAGAAAUCGUUCGCGCUCUGCUGCAAGCUGGCGCAGACGUAAACCUGACUGGCCGUUUUCCCGAAGGAGCUUUGACUAAGGGUGUAAAGAGUGGCAGCACUGAAAUCGUGGACUGCCUGCUAGAUGCUGGAGCGCAAGUCAACACGAAUGGCUAUUCCACCGCCCUUAGAACUGCCAUGAGGCUCAGCAACAUCGAGAUGAUCCAGAGAUUGCUGAAAGCAGGCGCAGAAAUAAAUUCUGUUGGAGCUCUUAAUACAGGAGCUGUGCAUCAAGCUGCAGAGAAAGGUGACGUGGAAAUCUUGAAUGUCCUUCUUGAUGCUGGAGCAGAUGUGACCUUGAAGGGUUGGCUUGGGAAGACAGCUCUUGAGAUCGCAGCAAGCGAAGGACAUACUGCCGUUGUUCGUCGGUUACUGCGAGAAGGCCCUGAAAUAAAUUCCAUCUGUGACAACCACAACCACAACGACUACGACAAUAGAGGGGCGUUGCAUUAUGCUGCAGGGAAAGGCGACGUUGAGAUUAUAAAUCUCCUUCUCGAUGCUGGAGCGGACGUAAACUUGAAAUCCAGAUUUGGUAGGACAACGAUAGGCGUUGCAGCGCGCCAUGGUCACGUGGCGGUUGUCAGGAGGCUACUGCGGGCAAGUGCAGAUGUAAACCCUUCUGAUGAUUUCAGGCGUACGCCUCUGAUGGAGGCUGUGGGCAAAGGCCGGAUUGAAGUUGUGGACUGCCUUCUCGAAGCUGGGGCUGAUCCUGAUAUUGAAGCAGAAUCGAAAUGGGGCUCGGCGUCUGAGGCUGGACCUGAUCCUGAUCCUGCUAGUGAAGUAGAAUGGGGGUAUGAGUCGACGUCUGGAGCUGAGGCUGAUUUUGAUCUCGAUCUCUUACGGGAGUAUUCAACAUUCGAAGCUGCAUUGCGAAAUGGGCGGCUCGAUAUAUACAAGCGUUUGAUAUCUGCUCCACCCAUCUGGAAAGAUAUCAAAAGGUCGGCUUCGGAAAGAAGGAAAGCCACGGGACGAAGACUUCAAGCGCGACGUUGCACCUCAUGUGACGAUAUCCCUAUUCCAAAGGGCAACUCAAACGCUGUCUCGUGGCACACUCUGGAAGAAGUUAACAAUCGUGAUGGUUGA